AUGCCAUCUCUCACAGAUGUCCCAGUCGAGGUUCUCAUCGACAAUUUACUUCCUCAGAUAUCUCUUGUGGAUCUUCUGAGCCUAACUUGCACGAAUCAAUUCUUCGCGAUAGUAUGUUCAGAUGAAACAUUCUGGAAGAGGAAACUUGAAAGGGACUUCAACUUUUCUCCCACUGCAACUGCUCGCAAAAGUGGAUUCAAAGUCCUCUACAAGGGCUUGCGACGUCCUCAUCUAUUCGUUUGGGGUGCAUCGAAGGACGGCCGUUUGGGGCGUACAGAAGCCCUCCAAACACCUGGCGCACCUUAUCCUGAAGAACUCCGCAUCCCUAAUGUUAGAAUUGUCUCCUUGGUUGCUGGUGGAAUGUCGUUCCACGCCCUGGACUCCGAGGGCAAUGUCUAUGUUUGGGGAACUAUGGACGGAACCACAUUUGUACUGGACCGUGAUGGCUACUCUGAGCCGGGAAAGAUGUCUUCCACACCUCUCAGGCUACAAAUGCCGGCUCCAACUCGAAACAUCAGUUGCGGCAGGCUACACUCAGCCACGAUUGAUGCCAACCAACAUGUCUGGACAUUUUUAAGCUUUGGAACGCCCUUUAGGUUGUCUUCACCGUUACUAGACAACGACUCGCCGGAAACGAGCCCUCUCCAGGUUGAAUGCGGAUGGAAUUUGACCUCUGUCCUCACUAAAUCAGGCGAUGUCCUUGUUUGGUGGCCUUUCGGCGGCCCAAUGAAGACCCUCAUAGACCAGAAAGACGACGAGAUACACUCAAAUGGUAACAUCGUAGCGCCCGCAGUAGACGGGACCAUACUCUGCGCGCCAUGGGAGCUGUCUUUUAAUCCCAAAAGGCUGCCCCGACUACCACAACUGCCCGAUCUAUCUGAGGAAUCGAAUGAAUCACCUCCCAAACUCAUUCAAAUCGCGGCCCUCGAUUCGCAGAUUAUUGGACUAACAGACCAGGGACAUGUGGUUAAAUUCAGUUCAUUGGUUGACGAACAGGUUACCGGCGAAUGGAAAUAUUUGCCAAAUUUCAGUGAGGUCGAUCAAGUGCGGUCACAUACGGUAUUCGCGGAUGAUGGCAAUAAUAGACUCAAUGCACCGUCCUCCGUCAAAAUCACUCACAUCUCAGCAAAUUACCAACGUUUCUUUGCGUACUCGACUGGAUCAAGUUCAUUAGUCCUUAUGGGAUCCUUGAAUACGGGCCCUUCCGAACAACCAGAGAUCAUUCCAGCUCUUCAAUACAAAUCAAUCAUUUCCGUUGUCGUGGGCGAUUAUCACUACGGCGCAUUGACAUCGACCGGAAAGUUGUUAACAUGGGGGGCUUAUUCUUCGGGUGCUCUAGGACUUGGAGAUCCGCUCGAGCUGCCAGCAGGCGCACCUGGCGGUUUCCCAAACGAAAGGCUACGUUUGCAUGCUUUGGAACGAGGGUGGGGUCAGCCACCUGACGUCGAGGUUCCCUCGGAGGUUCGGUUCGACCACAAACUGAAUCAUACAAAAGACAGAUUUUGCUUCGCUGUAACGGCUGCGGGAUGGCACAUGGGCGCAUUGGUUAUAGACUUAGAAGCUUCUGAAGAUGACGACACAGUCGCUGAUCCCCUGACUCGCCCUGAACACCGAAAUGAACCCCCGUCGCAUGCUCGUUUCCCAGUGCCUUUACCACGGCCGCCUUAUCAUACUUCUGGUCCUGGCCAACUUCCUAUUAUGCCUCUCGCCCCUGGCUAUGAUGCUUCAUCGUCUGUGUUCCGUGUGGGUUUCCCUGGCAGAGGAGGCACGCCUGCCAAUUCUCAGCAGGGUCCCUCGACAUCCACAUUACACCCACAAGCGGAACCGCCUGUGCCUGGCGUUUCUUUCCCAAGCCUUGGACGUGGCGUGCGUAUUGGGUUUGCGGGGCGGGGCCUGGGGAGAGGACCCAGUGGUAGGGGACAAGGGGGCGUGGGUCAAUGA